AUGUCGAUGGUGAAGGAGCUCUUCGCGCUGGCGGUGGAGACGAGGAAAGAGAAAGAUCUGCCGUGGUUCCGGCUCCAACAGUGGUACUUCUACGGCGUCGCGACGUUCUUCUCGUACGGGCGGUUUCUGAAGGCGAAGCUCGCGCGGUCGGUGGCGUCGCACGCGACCGCGGGCUCCGGGGUGGCGUCGUUAGGGCUGGGGAACGUCGGGAUGUUUCUCCUCGCGCACCACUCGAUGAUGUCGUACCUGGGGUGGAUGUGCGGGUUCGUGUUGUUCGUGUUGUCGCUCAGGAAACGGCGUUACGUGUACCAGUUCGGGCAGUUCGCGUGGACGCACAUGAUCGUGGCCACCGUGCUGAUGCAGUCGUCGUGUUUCGUCGCGAACGUUCUGGAAGGGUUGAUAUGGUUCGUAUUUCCCGUCGUCAUCGUCGUCUUCAACGACAUCGCGGCGUACCUGUGCGGUUUUUUCAUCGGCCGCACGCCGCUCAUUAAAAUCUCGCCGAAGAAAACCUGGGAGGGUUUCAUCGGCGCGUUCGUGCUCACGAUCCUCGCCGCGCCGUUCAUCGCGCGCGCGAUGCAGACGCAGACGUGGCUGACGUGCCCGGCGCCGGACCACCUGAGGAUGUGGGGGCAAAACGUCGAGUGCGACGCGGAUCCGCUGUUCCGGAUGACGACGGUGAGCGUCGGCGACCUCGCGCAGAACCUCGAGAGCGCGUUGGGGUCGCUGAUCCCGCACGGGUGGAUCGGGACGUUUCUGACGCGUUGGUUGGGGUUGAGGACCGUGCGAGCGUCGUGGUUUCAAGUCCACGCCGUGGUGUUCGCGUGGCUCGCGUCAAUCAUCGCGCCGUUCGGCGGGCUGUUCGCGUCUGGGUUUAAGCGCGCGUUUAAGAUCAAGGACUUCAGCGAUUUCAUCCCCGGGCACGGCGGGAUCACCGACCGGAUGGACUGCCAGAUGGUCAUGGCGGUGUUAUCGCACUUGUACGUCGCGAAUUUCGUUCGAAUGCCCGGGAUGAUGACCGUCGGCGAGGUGCUUCUGAAGGUGGAGCUCGUCUCCAACGAAGAUCUGCUCGAGCUCUACGUCGCCAUCGGGAACAUGUGCGUGUCGCGGGGGAUGCGACUGCCGAGCUUGAGCGCGAGCGGAGGGGGAUGGAGCGUGGACCCGCCGGACGCCGGGGGCGUAGGGGAGCACUAGAGGGAGGGGGUAAAAGAAGAAGGAGAACGGCGAAUGAGGCGUCGAGAAGAGACGGACGGACGCGCGACGCGCGUCGAUCGAUCGUCGGACGUUGUCGUACACUACGAGCGAACGAAUAAUGAAAACGAACGCGUCGAA